GUAUUAAUUUGUGUAAUGCUACUUGGCAAACUAGUUCUGAUAAGAGCUACUGAGGAGAGACGGAAGAAGAGGAUGCAAAGCUUCAAGGCAUCAAUUGUUAGGCGUUGUGGCUACACUUUACGAGCUCUGACUCAGUACCGGACUCUUUCUUCUCUUCCUGAAAACGUUCUUAAUGAUGAUCUUGACAAUCAGGUUUUAGCGGAAGGUAGAGCUAGUUCUCGAAUGGCGAUUCUUAACAGACCCUCGGUUCUCAAUGCUCUCAACACAAAUAUGGGGGAUAGGUUGAAUAAUCUAUAUACAUUUUGGGAAAAUGAUCCAGAUAUUGGCUUUGUGAUGAUGAAGGGCAGUGGUCGGGCGUUUUGUGCUGGUGGAGAUAUAGUUGCACUCUAUCAUUUGAUUAACCAAGGGAAGCUUGAAGAGAGUAAGAACUUCUUUAGGACACUAUAUAGUUUCAUAUACCUACUAGGCACCUAUUUGAAGCCACAUGUGGCUAUUUUGAAUGGCAUUACUAUGGGCGGUGGGGCUGGAGUUUCCAUACCUGGGACAUUACGGAUUGCCUCUAGUAGAACUGUUUUUGCUACCCCAGAAACUCUAAUUGGUUUUCACCCUGAUGCUGGUGCAUCCUUCUACCUCUCACAUCUACCUGGCCGCUUAGGGGAGUAUUUAGGUCUGACAGGUGAAAAACUCAAUGCAGCAGAAAUGAUGGCUUGUGGACUAGCUACACACUAUUCGCUUAGCGAAAGACUACCAUUAAUUGAAGAAGCACUUGGGAAAUUGAUUACUGAUGACCCUUCUGUCAUUGAAGCAUGCUUGGAAAAGUACUGUGACAUUGUCUACCCAGACCAGAUGAGUGUAUUUCACAGGAUUGAAAUACUUGACAAAUGUUUCAGCCUUGACACAGUAGAAGAAAUUAUUGAUUCUUUGGAACGCGAGGCAGCUGCAACAAAUGCUGCUUGGUGCAGCUCCACUUUAAGAAGACUUAAAGAAGCCUCACCAUUGAGCUUGAAGGUUUCCUUGAGAUCUAUAAGACAAGGUAGAUAUGAGACCUUUGAUCAAAGUUUGGUCCGUGAAUACCGAAUGUCUUUACAAGGAAUAUCUAAGCAAAUUUCUGGUGACUUUUGUGAGGGAGUUCGUGCACGAAUGGUGGAUAAGGACCUUGCCCCAAAGGAGCCAAAACAACGUUGUUUUAUUUACACACAAUUUGCUUGCAAGUCUAUCAAAUCGAACACCCUCAUGGCUCGAACUCAAGCUUGACCUAUGGUCACUCAUUUUGAACUCAAACAAACUGAUGGAGUCCCCCAAGUUUAGAACAGGUGUCGGAAGAUAUGGUUGAUUGGUAUUUUUCCUCACUUAGUGAAUCUGAGCCUGAUCUAGAGCUGCCCACGAAACUGCGUGAAGCUUUUAAUUAGUUUCAAAAGCUUAGUGCUGGAUCUUUAGAAUGAUUUGGAAGCCUCACUCUCUUAAAGUACAUACAGGUAUUGUCUUUCAGAUCAGAACAGCAGAAUAAUUUCUAAAAUCAAUUAUUUUCUAGUAGCCAAAUGUUCCUUAGACAAUUUAUUUAUUUAUAGUUAAUAUAAAAACCCAGCACGAUAAUUUAUUAA